UGCCGGGUGACGGCCAGCCAAUCAGCUGCUCCUCUCCUUCCUGUAUGUCAGACGACGAAUGGGGUUGACGUGACAACGGAGAUGGAAGUGAACCGUUUGGACUUUUACAUUGGUCUCUCUCUGGCUGUGAGCUCGAGCGCUUUCAUCGGUGCCAGUUUCAUCCUGAAGAAGAAAGGCCUGCUGCGAUUGGCCAGCAAGGGAUCAAUGCGAGCAGGUCAGGGGGGGUAUGCCUACCUGAAAGAAUGGCUGUGGUGGGCAGGACUCAUUUCAAUGGGAACUGGAGAGGCUGCUAACUUCGCUGCAUAUGCAUUUGCGCCGGCUACACUGGUGACUCCUCUUGGAGCACUGAGUGUACUUGUAAGUGCUGUGCUCUCCUCUUACUUUCUGAAUGAGCGGCUUAACGUGCACGGGAAAAUUGGUUGUUUGCUGUGCGUCCUGGGCUCCACAGUGAUGGUGAUCCACGCCCCGCAGGAGGAGGAGGUCGCCUCCCUCAGCGCCAUGGCCGAGAAGCUCAAAGACCCAGGUUUCAUUGUGUUUGCUGUGUGCGUUGUGGGAAGCAGCCUGGUUCUUAUCUUUGCUGUGGCUCCGCGCUUUGGACAGAAGAAUGUGCUGGUCUACAUCCUGAUCUGCUCUGUGAUUGGCUCCCUGUCUGUGUCUUGUGUCAAGGGCCUGGGCAUUGGCAUUAAGGAGCUGUUUGCUGGGACAGCAGUGCUGAAGGAACCCCUGUUCUGGGCGUUAGUCAUCUGCCUGGUAAUCUGCGUCAGCAUUCAAAUCAGUUACCUGAACAAAGCCCUCGAUAUCUACAACACCUCCAUAGUCACGCCCAUAUACUACGUCUUCUUCACCACCUCUGUCAUGGCGUGCUCAGCCAUCCUCUUUAAGGAAUGGUUGAGAAUGACCACUGAUGGAAUAGUGGGGACAAUUAGCGGCUUCCUCACCAUCAUUUUGGGAAUCUUUCUCCUCCACGCCUUCAAGGACAUUACAUUUAGCUGUGAUUCCCUCCCACUCUACCUGAGGAAGGGUCCUCAGGGCUUCCCAUGGGGGCACCAGCCUUAUGUGGCUCUUCCCAGCCACGAAACACAAGCAGAGGAUGAGGUGAAACUGCCCAGAGAGGGAGGUUCAAAGGGGGUCUGGGGUACACAUCAGAGGACUCCUUGAGUGGACCAAUAGUCUUGUCACUGCUGAGAAAAAUGACUUAUUGCAGUUUAAGCUUUAAUGCAAAUCACAGCUUUACGGUGACUAUGUUUACUUGCACUAAAUAUUCAGAUUUUUGCCCUUUUUCCAAAAAAAGACUAUUUCUACUAGGCUGUUUACAUGGCUUAUGAAAUGAGUGUUCCCCUAAUAUUCCCGUUUACAUGGAUACUCUGAGUAAACCAUCUAAAACCAAGUUUCUUAUUGUGUCAAAAUGUGGUAAAGGGAACCAGCUGGAGCCGCUUGUGCCAUUUUUACUCUGUGUCAAACUAGGAACUUUUUCUAAAAGGUUCUCCACAGUGGUGGACUUGGUCAGCCAUGCAAACACAGCCUCCCUAUUUUAUUCCUUCAACCACGUUAUUGAAAUAGUCGGCAUUGUGACAUUGCACAUAUCUAGUCAUUAUCGUGUUUUAAAGGCAGAUGUAUUUCUCCUUCCAACCAGAAUAGAUGUUUAAUUUAGGUAUGCAUCACAACCCUUCCAAUCUGUUGGCUUGCAUACAAUAAAUCCAUGACAAUGCACAGAGCUGACUGUAAUCAAGCAAGAGGCCGUAACUGCAGUGAAAAUCCCAAUUGAGGCACAUAUUCAGAAUACGCUGUAUUUAUGCCCAGAGAUAAAUUUGAAUAGUAUCCGCAUAUUCCACGUCUUUAUAAGAAAAUUCUACAUUUGGAAAAAGGCCUCUUUCUGAACAUCCAAAGGCAAUAUGCAUAUCAAAUUCACAAUAUUGUCAUCAUCUGAAUAAUAGUUGAAUAUUAAUGUGCAUGUGAACUCAGUCAGUGACAAGAUGGUUUAUCUAAUUUGAGUUUUAACUCUGUCUUACAUAAAGCAAUAUGCACUGCGUAAAACAAAGAAGUGAACAAAACAUUCCUGUCAGCACACUGGAUUUCAUACAUUUGAUGUUCUUAGUUGAACAUGAUGGUACAUCCACAUCUUUAAAAAAAAAGACAGGACAAAAUUAUAUUAUUAAGUAUAAUUUAUAUCAGUGUGAAUGUUUGUUGCUCUGCUGUGAAUAGUUUUUGACAGUAUAUCAACUUUAAAAAAUUAAUUGAGGGUUGACAAUUCGCUUGCAUAAACCAGAAUGUGCCUUCUGUUACUCAAAACAAUAACCUUGUUCACAGGUUUGCACUUCUCACCUUAUUGGUACAAUAGUAUGAUUUUAAAACCAGUGUUAAGGCAAAAAAAAAAAAUCUUUAUUUGCCCUGAAUGCAUUUCAAUCAUCUGUUGGCGAUGAACAAGUUUGAGUAAUUCCUCGGAUGAAUUACUGUAUUACCUCAAUAUUAUAUACAAACUUCACCAAAGAAUGUUUUUCCUGUGUGGAUUUAUUCCCAACAUGUGCCAAACUGUAACAUAUCUGAUGUAACUUAACUUUGUGUAUUUUAUAAUGCUGAUUAAAACAUAACUACAAGAUAA